UCCGCGCGAAGUCCACAGUGAGGGACCGUUUCUGUUCGACGCUCGAGGAAAUUCAGGAUGUUUCUUCCAGCUUUUGUGAUCUAAUGCGUCUUUUUUAGCUGCAGAUAUUCUUUAGCUUUAUUUCACAUUUAUUCUUUAAGUGCUGCAAACAGGAGACGCGCCUGAAACCCUUUUCUUGGCUCAUCGCGUCUCCGGUGCCGCCGCCUGCCCAGCCUCGUUCGCCGCUCCAUCCUGCAUCCUUUAUGCACAGCACGCUGCUCCGGUCCUCCCCAACAAAGCACACCUUCGUGUCCGCGCACCAUGGCCCGCUCCAGCCGCUUUUACUAAGAGACAUGGAAGCCAAACAGCACCAGAUAAAGAGCCUAAAAAGCUACCCGGAGACCGGCGGCCGAAGCCUAGCAGCGGCCGCCGGAGGAGACGGAGGAGGCGGCGGCGGAUAUCGAGCCGGUUCCACUGAAAUGGAGAUGGAGGCGAAGAUCCAGAAAGCCAUUGACUUCAAGUUGGAGGGCCAUCGCUGCUACAAGGAGAAGAAGUUUCGGGAAGCUAUAGGCAAGUACCACCGGGCGCUGCUGCAGCUCAAAGGGGUGCAUGUUGUGGACGGCACGACGGGCUCCGAGGUCAACCUGCUCAAUCAAGCCGCGGCCAAGCUGACCGAGGAGCAGCGAAGAGCCGUGGAGAGUACCGAGAUCGAGUGCUACGACAGCCUGACAGCGUGUCUGUUGCAGUCUGAGCUGGUAAACUAUGAAAGAGUGAAGGAGUACUGCCUGAAGGUGCUGAGCCACCAGAGAGACCACUUCAAGGCCAUGUACCGAGCCGGCAUCGCCUUCUAUCACCUGGGUGAUUAUGAAUGUGCCCUACGCUACCUGCGUGACGCCAAAAACCGCGAACCAACAGACACCAACGUGCUGCGAUACAUCCAGCUGACAGAGAUGAAGAUGAGCAAAAGUGGACAGCGGGAACGAGAGAGCGGCAAAGAGACCCAGGGCUAACCUUCAAUCUUUUCGCCCUCCUGACCCCUCCAACCUUUGUUUCCACAGCCUGCACCUCCCUCUUUCCACUUC